GGAGUACGCGGAGCGUCCGAGAGGUGGCGGCCGACACGUUCACGCAGGUACGCGUUCCGAGAGAAAAUACGAGCGUCGAAUCCGUAACCUCUCGUUAUCGCGACGACGCGAAUCGCGGGCAAACUCGCGGGAAGGGAGACGCGCGAUCCGGUCGUAUCGCCAAAGUGUCAUCGACUUACCGAUACAGCGAGAUACCGGCGGGCAUGCGACCAGCCGAAAUCCAAGUCGUCGCGUUCGAGCGCACGUGCAGCCUACAGAUACGGACGGGGCGCAACUAUGCGAAUCGAUUCAGCGGAAGAGUGACAACCGAACGAACGAACGAACGGGAACGAAGAAGAGAAUAAACACGGCGUACGUGGCGUACAGGAAAUAUGAGUGGAUAAACGGAUGGAUAGACGAGAGAAAAACCGAGGGGGUCGGCGCGGGAGGGGUCGAUGGUGGGGAUCGACGGGUAGGCCAAGAAGAAACGUAGUUGGUCGAAGGUGGAGAUUGCUCGGAGGGAAGGAGUUUGGAGGGUAGAUUCCACGCAGAGAUGCGACUGGAGGAGAGCCGAGGGAGGAUGCACGGAGAAUACGGGAGAGAAUACGGGGGGUAGGAGUCGGUGUGCCGAGAGUUAUAAGCAACACAUAAUUGAACCGGACGAGGAACGUGUGCAACAGAUAAUGAAAAAGGCAGUGCAAGACGCGGAAUGGAUCAUCAAUAAGUAUUGUAAAACGGAACAAACAGCAAAGUCUAAGGAGAAAUAAAGAAGCUAAUACAUUCCCUUGGACAUAGAUGCUUCUAAUUGUUUUGUUCUCCACUUAUCGAGAAAUCCGUAUAGUUGUGUUACAAGAAUGGAAUUUACGACAUUAACGAGUGUAGAAACCAACUUCAAUGAGUCACAGUUUUGGCAAGCCAUUGACAUUUGGUAUCAUAAUCCUCAAGUUGCUAAUAGAAGACUGUUAACAUGCGUGGAACUAUUAAAUGUCGAAGUUGACUGCAAUAUAACUGAGAUUUUUCUAAAUAUUUGUGCCUUGGAUCUCUCUUCUGUAACUGCAGCACCUAAUGAGAACAAUGUAGAUAUAAAGAAGCUACUGGACACAUUAUGUAUUGCAGACAAUGUUUCUGCUCCAACGUCUAAACCUAAUAUUCUCCUGCAUGUGAGAAAACAGUUACCUCGUGUACCAAAUUUAUUCUCCUGUUGCAUUGAGUUCUCCUUAUUGGAAAAAGAAGAAAAUCGGGUGAUAAAUAUCCACAAAUCCUUCUGUACAGAGAAGAAAUCUCUAGGUCCACAAAGACCAUACGCGAUACAGCAAGGGAAAGAUGGUUACACAUCAAUAAGCGUGUAUCAAUUGGAAAACUCAUUAGAGGAUUGUAGUCUAGAUUGGUUGAAAACUAAGUUCUUCCCAUGUAUGUUAAAGUGGAUGAGAGCCAUACCAAAGGCUGCAGCAUCCCAUCUGCCAUCGUUGAGUCUCAUCUCAGCGGAAAGAUACGCGACAUUGUAUUGGGAAUUAAAAGAAAAGUAUAGCACAGAAUUAAUCAAGAAUUGGCCGGAAAAUACGGAUCCGUUGAAAUUCGUUUACGAAGAUAUCGCUAUUGCUACUUACUUAUUGCUAUUAUGGGAGAAAGAAAGAUUGGAGAGAGGAACUCAAAAUUUACAGUCGUUUGUGGAUUUGGGCUGUGGCAAUGGUUUACUUGUGCACAUUUUAUUCAGCGAAGGUCAUCGCGGCUUAGGAAUCGACUUACGUAGAAGAAAAAUUUGGGACUUGUAUCCUCCUGAAACACCACUCCAGGUCUGUACGAUUAUCCCAUCCUCUGCAACUGUGUAUCCAGGAUUCGAUUGGAUUAUAGGCAAUCAUUCGGAUGAAUUGUCACCCUGGAUUCCAGUGAUCGCUGCACGUAGUUCCACUGACUGUCGUUUGUUCCUGCUACCUUGUUGCCCGUACGAACUCGACGGUACAAAAUACCAAAGAUACUCAGCCGCGAAGAGCCAGUACUCGGAAUACAUUGACUACCUGAAACACGUGUGCAACGUGUGUGGCUUCAGAACGUACGUCGACAAGCUGAGAAUCCCAUCCACGAAACGAAUCUGUCUAGUCGGGUGGGAGAGGACAGGCGACGACGACGUUGAAGCGAAGGAAAAUCGCAUCCGAGAGAUGAUAAGCGCAAAAGCAACACUGAUUCAACAAGAAAACAAGACGGACGUGCAUUUAAAUGAAGGCUCCCAUGUAAACGGAUGGACAUGUGACUUUAAACCAAGGGACACCGUGGAAAAGGUACGGAACUGCACGCAGCUGGAGAAAACGUUGAUCGCUAAUAUCGUCAACAUCGUGGCGAAUCAGUUGCUCGAAAACGGUCGCCUGAUUUCCCUCGACGAGUCCACGAAGAAAAAUUGGAACGCUGGUCGACGUCUCGAUUUGCGGCAAUUAGCAGAGUCCAUUCCGCGAGAAAGUCUGAUACGCCUGCGCAAAGAAUGCGGGGGUCUGCAGACGUUGCUAAAAAAUCACAGUCACGUGUUCCGAGUGAUGCAAGGGAAAGUCGAGUUCCGAGUACCGGGGACAGAGGUGCACGAAAAAUCGAAGAGAAAGAAAUCGUCGGUUAGAAGGAAGGUGAAGCCUUGCUGGUUCCACGAGCGUCACCCUAAUGGCUGCCCCGUGACCGAGGCGAAUUGUGCUUACAAACACUGAGUUAUCUUGACUUUCAAAGUGUCCUCGAUUCUCAAUGUGUACGUACGAAAUCUAUUUUCCUUUCAACUUUUAUACGAACACGAUUGUACAUCAAGAACGCCCUUGUAUUUCUCGUGAAAAUAUAGUCCAUCAGUCAUACAUCAACGACACGUAUAUAUAGAGGAAGAACGACUAUCUAUGGUAAGAUCCUUCUCCUUUUCUCCAAGCUCCCAGAGAAGGCAGGGAAGCGAAAGGAAUUGAGACAGGUGAGCUGGCGGUUACGUCAAAUGUUAUUUAAGAAAUUCGAUAAACGG